AUGACGACUGAAAACAAGAUUGACCUGGCAUGUGAGGGACUUCAAAACCGGUUCAUGGAGUUUGAUUCUUUGAAAGUGGAAUUGGACCAGUUCUUAGAGGGUUUGGACAACGCACUAACGAAUAAACAAGCCGACUUUUCUCAUCAAAAGCAUGUACACCAGCAACAAACGAUUGAACGAAAGGGUGUUAAUGAUCAACUACGCAAACAAAUUAGUAAUUUGUCAUCCAAGGAGACCUCCAAGCAGCAACAAGUGACAGACGCAAUGAGGAGCUUAAAAGAAAAUGAGGAGAAAGUUGUCAAAGAUAAUCAAGAAAGGAACCAGCUACAGGAAGCGGUCAAGGAGGUGGAGGACGAGAUCAAGAAACUAAAUCAACAGGCUGCAAAGAUACACGAUGAGCUAAGGUCUUCCAAUGAAGCGUUUGAGGAGCGCAUGCAAUCGCAUCUUGAAGUAGAGUUGGUCUAUGGAUUAUUCACCGGGUUGAGAAUUGAACCUAUAGACGAUACUCAAAUUAAACUUGGGUUUUUCAAUCUUGAUCCAAACAACCUUGAGCGUAAUUUUUCUGUGGUUGUUGAUGUCGCUGGUGAAAAUUAUCAAAUUGGGGAGACGAAUCCGCCACUAUCGCGUGAGUUUUUGGAAAAUGCGCAAUUGGAAUUGAAUCGGCAUGGACGGUUGUCUCGGUUUUUGAAACAGGUUUGGAGCCAGUUCGAUUUGCUUGCUAGUCGCUGA